AAACACUACUGUGCAUAUUCAGUGGGCCGCACAACGCAGAAGUAAACCCAGAAGCUAGAAACUUUUUUGGUGUAUGCACCAGCUGAGCAAUUGUUAUUGGACUGAAUGGGCACCAUUUUUGGUCCGGUAUCCAGCUCUUAUAAAUACAUCUAUGGCUGAAAUGACCAGGGUCAGCUAGCUCGUCUUUAAGAGUCAUCCUGAGUUACAGCCAUGACAGCAGAAACACACAUGUGGAAUCAGACCUGCUCCUCAGUGGAAACACACUGGCAGAGAGGCAGCAGCGGUGGGCGGGGCUAAACCACAUCUGGAUGAAAAACAUCUGGAGUUCUCUCUCUCUGCAUACAUGAGUGUCUCUCCGCUGAUCCCGGGGCCGAAGACCGACCGACAGACCGAGCGCCUGUGUGUUUCUCUGGCUGACUUUGCCCGUAGAUGAUGGCUCGGUGCUUGACGUUUUGGGCCGGGAUCCUCGUCCUCCUGACAGUCUGGCUUCCAGUUGCUGUCGAGUCAUUCAGCCAUCUGAGCUUCAACCUGUGUAAGUGGUGUGAGGUGUCCAGUCCGGUGUGUAAGGACAGCGUCUGCUUUAGUAACUGCACCCUGUCCUCUUUCUGCAACGUCAUUGAAGAGAUCUGCAUCACCAAAUGGAGGAAGACCAACGACACUAUGACGGUUCAGACAAUGUGUCACAAUCCAACUCUGCCACUAGAGGGUGUAGACCCUGGCCUCCUUCUGAACUUCACCUCCAGGGAGUGUCACAUGGUUCCACAGCCUGCAGAGAAUGGAGCCAUGAUGGUCUGUGGCUGCCGGGGUGAACAUGAGUGUAAUGACAAACUCAUCUUCGACAAGGGAGCGAAUGGGUUCUCCAAGUUGCAGAGUAAAGAUGUGAUCCCGGUGGUGAUGGUUAGUUUGGUGCCUCCCGUCCUGGUGGCCUUAAUCACUACCGCUGCCUUCUACUACUACCGCACACGCCAUCCUGGCAAACCUGGCCCUCCUGCACGCCCUGACUGGCCCACCAAAUGCACCCCGGAGCGCUACCAGGCUCUGGAUCAUCCAUGUGGAGGUCUGGGGGCUCUGCAAGAGGGUGGUGGGGGAGGUGUGAUGAGUACUGCAGCUCAAAGGGAGGAGUCUAAUGCCAAGGUGCCAUCUCUCAACAAUGACAUCAUCAGUGCCAUGACUGAUUGGCAGGGCCAACGUCCUGAACCACUGCCAAUCAAGCUGGAGGUCCUGGUGGGGAAGGGGCGCUUCGCAGAAGUCUGGAAGGCUUGCCUGCUGCAGGGCGAGAAGGGUGGACUUAACAAUUAUGAAACUGUGGCGGUGAAAGUGUUUCCAGCCGUAGAGUAUGCCUCAUGGAGAAAUGAGUGCUCUAUCUUCUCUGACCCCAAGCUGGUGCAUGACAACGUGGUUCGAUUCCUUGCAGCUGAAGAGAGGGGCCCACCCGGCCAAGCCCUCAGGAAGUACUGGCUGGUUUUGGCCUAUCACAGCCUCGGGAACCUGCAGGACUUCCUCACUGCAAACAUAUUGAGCUGGGAGGAACUUGUUGCCAUGGCAGGAAGCAUUGCUCGGGGGUUAGCUCAUCUCCAUAGUGACACAACACCCAGUGGGGUGCCCAAGGUGCCAGUUGCCCAUCGGGACCUAAAGAGCAGUAACAUUGUAGUAAAGAGCAACAAGGAGUGUGCUCUGUGUGACUUUGGUCUGGCGUUAAGACUGGACCUCUCCCUUACUGUCGAUGACUAUGCCAACAGUGGACAAGUGGGGACAGCUCGCUACAUGGCUCCUGAGGUACUUGAGUCCAGGGUGAACCUGGAGGACCUUGAGGCCUUUAAACAGAUGGAUGUUUACUCAAUGGCUCUGGUCCUCUGGGAAAUGGCCUCCCGCUGCCAUGUCAUUGGAGAGGUGAAGAGCUAUGAACCGGCAUUUGGCUCCAAGGUGUGUGAGCAGCCCUGUGUGGACAGUAUGAGAGACCUGGUACUGAGGGACCGAGGACGGCCGGACAUCCCUUCAGCAUGGAUGCAGCACCAGGGGAUGAGUGUCUUCUGCUCCACCAUCACCGAGUGCUGGGAUCACGACCCUGAGGCCAGACUGACGGCUCACUGUGUGGUGGAGCGUUUCAAUGCCCUGCAGCAGGAGGACGAGGAGGACUUGGAAGAAGAGGAGUGGGGAGGAGGGCAGGAGGAGGAAGAGGAGGAGGAACUGAGGCAAGAACCUGACAGAGAGGAAGAGGGAGAGAGUGAAAAGGACUCAGAGAUGUCGGACAAUGGCCAGAUUCAAAGCGUUCCUCUUUCCCCUCAUUCCCUCUUCACCACUGCUCCCUCGCCCUCCUCUUCUUCCUCCUGCCAGGUUCCUGAGCCAGACAUGAAAAGAGGCAGUGAAGAGGUAUCCCGUAAUUCCCUGGUUCACACUGGUUCUAUGGUGUGAGCAGUGGACUUUGUCGGCCUAUGCUAUGAGCCCCACUUCAUCCUGUUGCUGGCUGCGUUGACACUGCCUGUGUACUCAUUUAUUUUUCCAGCAGUUGUUGCUUUAACAGGCCUGUAGCAACUAAUAGUGAAGGGAAUGAUAAGUGCAAUAUUACAACAACUGUUGGAUGGCAUUCAUGGCGCAGAGAAGAUGAAUCUUAUUGACUUUAGUGAUCCCCCGACUUUAUCCCUGAGUUUUCGUGGAACUCUUAGUUCCACAAAAGUACAACAAUGAAAAUUGCACCACUCAAAAAUGACCUUGUUUACCAAGACAAUUUUGUGCUGUGAUUUUGCAUUCUGAGCUAUUCCAAACUAUUUGCAUGGCUCUAGGGAUGGCAAUGUCGGUCUGUCAGUUGGUCGGUUGAUCCACCACUUUGGUCCAGACUGAAAUAUAACUAUUGGAUGGAUUUUUAUGAAAUUUUAGUCCAGAUAUUCAUGUUCCCCAUAGAGGAAUUAAACUAACAUUAUAAUAAAAUUGGAUGAUCCCUUAACUUUUCAUCUAGCGCCAUCAUCAGGUCAAAAUAUUGGGUUGGUCUGAAUGGGCUAUGAGACACACCAGACAGAAGAGCGUUACCAUAACUUUAACUGUUCCUUGGUGUUUAAUGCAAAUGAUUUUAGGUGGUCAGACAGUUUUUCUCUCAGCUUUUUAACCAAUGACUAAAUCUUGAUUCAGCUUUAAGAAGUUUUGAGUCAUCCAUAGACUUACUGUAAGUCAGAAAUGCAUGCGGUCAAGUUGAAGUGUAAUCAUUUGGACUUUUGGAUUUAUACAGCUGGGUAUUGUCUGCAUAGUUAUGGAAAUUGAUGUUGUGAUUCCUAAUAAUACUGCAGAGUGGUAACAUAUACAGACUGAAGAGAAUUGGGCCUAAGACAGAGCCAUGAGGGACACCACGUCAGGUGUAUUUUAUCGGAGGACUGGUCAUCCAUGGUCCCAAAGAACAGAAAGACCAACCAAGUGUUAAAAUCUUUCUGGCAGAAAACUACAUUUAGCAAUACUGUUAGAAUUCAAUACUACAGUACUGUUAGCAUUCUGUACUACAUUAUUGAAUACUAACAGGAAAAGCACAUAGAGUUUUUUCUCUGUUCAUUCAUGCAAAUCUUUGACUAGAGCUGUUUCUCUACUGUGAUGGGCCCUGAAACGAGACUGGACAGGUAGAGGAUUUUAACUCACAGAGAACUUUUCUGAUUAUUUCCACAUCUAUCGAUGUAAAAAAGUGCAUGGUGCAUUUGCAUUUUCCAGCCUUUUCUGAAUAACAUUCUUUCUGAUGGCCGUAAUCAUAUCUCUUAAAGAGGCAGAAAAUUCACUGCAUUUAGUAACGCUCAGGUGAUCAUAGUAAUAGUUAGGGGUGGGGUUAAUGCCAAUAGUUGAAAAAAGAAUCCUUGGAUUGUAAGGAUUUUUAUUUAUGAGUUCAGAGAAAUAAGAUUGCUGCAUUUUAUUCUGCUAGGAGUUCUUUUAAGAUGUCAUGGAGGACCUGAAGUUAGACCUGAAGUCUUUCUCCAUCUCUGUGGCAGUUUCUUUUGAGUUGGUUAAUAAUCUGUUUUCUCCAUGGUGUUUUUUAUUUUUGAGGAACUUUUUGGCCUGUAAUGAUCUGGCAGUGUGAACGCAGCCCUUGUCAACCAACAAACAGUGAUUAAUACAAAGCUAAGUGUUUUCUCUUUGCAAUAUCCUGGAUAUUUCGCCUGAAGACCAGAGAGAACAGAAAUAGCCAAAGACUGACUUCAUGCCUUAAAUGACUGACUCACUUUUGUCCCAAACAGAGAGUGAGCAGUCAGUGAACUGCGGAUGUACUGGGAACAGACCUCACCUGAAAUCUUCUCAAUCGAGGACAUCAGUCAUAGUUCUGCUGGCAGAGAUGCACAGUCACAGUUUUGUUGUAUGAAAAUGUCUUAUUUUGUAGGAGCUGGUCUCCAUUUUGUUGUGGUAUAUGUUUUAAUAGCUACUGUGAUUAUCAUUUCUAUAAUGUGCUUGUAUGAAUAAACAGGAGAGAGAGCUCCCUUUUGCCCUGUGGAAGGAGCAUUUGUGUUGGUUACAUUUACACACCAAAAACAACUAUGGCACCUACAAAAACUAUGGCAUAAAUUGGUCCUUUAAUCACAAAAUCCCUGCCAGAGACUCAUGAAACAGAUCUCAUACAUGCACAGAAACAUGCAUAUAAUUAUAUGCAAUGUUAUUGUUGCAACCAAGAUGUAAAAAUAGAAAAAAUAUGGUUAUUAUUUGUAGAUGACUGAUUGUGAACACUGAAGGAACCAGUGACCAAAAAUACGUCAGUCUAGAGUGAAGCACAAAUACGGAAAACCACUAAAGGAUGGAAAACCCAGUAUCUCCAAACUAUGUUGUUCAUUUUGUAAUAAAGUUUUUUUUCUCUAAUUGAUUCAUGAUACUUGACUCUGCUUUA